AUGGGUUAUCGGCGCCUGAGGCACGAGACGUCAGUUCCUCCAGGCCGACCGAGCCCCACUAGCUGUACCGGACCCCCGAUCCCCGCGGGAACCACAUUAGCUUCACCACGACGCUCUGCUGUGCACAUAGAGACAUCUUUUACUGCAUUUCCAACGCCGCCUCAACGGUCAUCACGCGCGGACUGGGUGGCGGCAUGUCGCCGUGAGCGUCCGAUCACAUCCCUACGCCCAUCGCCAUUGCCUUGCACCCUCACAGCGCACUCGACCCCACCGCCGGCUCGUCAGCGCACCGUUUUCCUCGCCCGCCUCCAACCAUCGUGA